CAAACUUAGUGUGCUUUGAGUUCUAUCGAUACAUUGUCGUACUCAUACUCAAGUAUCGAGCAAACGAGAUGGCUUUUGGAGACUAUCCAGCUGAGUAUAACCCAAAGACGCAUGGACCUUACGAUCCAGCACGCUUCUAUGGCAAAGCUGAUGUGCCUUUCGGCCAAGUGAAAUUGGGCGAGUUGGGUGCAUGGUUUGGACGCCGCAAUAAGACUCCAAGCGCCAUCACUGGGGCUAUCAGUCGUGCCUGGUGGCGUUGGCAGCACAAGUAUGUGUUCCCAAAGCGUGCUGGAAUUGCACCCUUCUUCCAGUUGACCGUCGCCAGCAUGGCGUUCUUCUAUGUAAUCAACUACACCAAGUUGAAGCACCACAGGAACUACAAGUAUCACUAAGCGGUACAUCUCGUUUAAGCUCUUCAGUGUACACUUUGUUCUUAUAACUUUUUUCAUUUAUUGUUGCCAUUCAGUAAAGUGGGGAGAGUUCGAACACAACCACAACACAAUACAAUUGAUGUUUUGAACACGGCUGAUUCUAAUAAAAAAAAUUCUGCGAAUAACUGUGCUGCACCAAA